AGGCUUCCGGGUGGUUCGCUGCUGAUGACGUCGCGACUCAACUAUCCAACCACAGCGCUAAAUAAUGACCUCCUUGUUUUGACUUAUUUGUUUUCUUCUCUAGGUAACUGCGGACUAAACUCGACAUACCGCUUCUAUUCUACCUCAGCAGCUGAAGAGCUACCCCACAGUGAUGUCGGAUGGAGUCGUGCUGGGCGGUGAUGGGAACUUCAGCUCUCUGUGUCCGCGCGGGCUCGAGUGGAUCUGGUAUGGACUGGGAGAAUGCGCUCAGGAUGGCAGAGACAUCGCCAGUGUGGUUCUCGGACUUCUGUCGAUAGUGUGCUUCAUGGUGUCUUCACUACCGCAAUACUACAGUUCCUGCAAGACAGGAAAUAUGGACAGUGCUCUGUCUAUUUGGUUCCUGUUAUUUUGGCUGGCCGGUGACUCGUGCAAUCUUAUUGGAUCCUUCUUGGCCGAUCAACUUCCACUACAAACUACUACUACAAAAAAACUAAAGAAUAGGGCUUCUAGGGCCAGUAACAGUGCAUUGCUGAAUACGAUCAGCAUGUUAUGUCUUCUGGGAAUUACAUCUUCCUUCAUUAGUCUCCCUCGCUCAGCUCUAGAGGAUCAGACGCCUGUGAGGUUCAAGGCUCGGGCGCUGCUGGCCGUGGAGGAGGACAGCGGUUCGGUGCAGCCCUUCGAUACAAAGGAGAUUAUAGGCUUUGUCUUCGGCUCAAUAUCUUCAGUACUGUAUUUAUGCUCCAGACUGCCACAGAUGUACACUAAUUUUCAGAGGAAGUCAACAGAGGGCGUGUCUUUUUUCCUGUUUGCUCUUGUGAUUCUGGGAAACACAACAUAUGGCAUCAGUGUGCUACUGAAGAACCCAGAUCCAGGGCAGGGAGAGGCCAGCUAUAUCAUACACCACCUCCCCUGGCUCAUCGGCAGCCUGGGAACGCUCUCACUUGACCUUAUAAUAUCCGUGCAGUUCAUGAUGUACAGCAAAUCACCUCGGGAUUCUGCUGAUGAAGAUGAAGAUGAAGAUGAAGAGACGGCUGCGCUUCUCCAGAACUGAACAGUUCCCAUUCCUGCUUUUGUAAUGUUUGGACUGUACUUCAGAAUUAACACUUUUUUUUUGUCAACUUAUACAGUCGUGUUCAUACAAUUCAAACUCAUAUCAUUUUUCUUUUAGACAGUGGAAUGAAAGCUGCCUUCUGCAAGAUCUCACAGUCUUGACUAAGAAAGAACUGUGAAAAUGUUCUGCCUUCAGUCUGUGUACUAUAAUGAUGUUAAUAAGCUGUUUUUGUGCAAUCUUUUGUCAAAUUUGUUUUGGUACUGUAAAGAUGUUUUUAAUUGUUAUAUUGUGGCCUUUGAGUUGAUUUAGCAUUGAACCUGUCAGUCAGGUCAUACCUUCAUUGAAGUCUUUUUUGACUUUAUUUCUUUUCUUUCUUUUUUGUUCUGUAUCACAGUACAACAUUCACUAAAGAUUUUGUUUUUGUUUUUCUGAGGCCAAACAUGCUUGAACUGUUUCUUUUUUUGGUGUUGACAAUCAAUUUCUUUACAUCCCCUUCAUAUUCAUCUUUCCAAGCAAGUCAUCAACAUGAAAUUGCUUUUGCCGCUCAUUUUGCUUCUGUAAUGUCAUGAAUGAAAAGAAAAAUAAUGAUGGAGCAUUUUUAUCUAUCAGAAAUGGAUUGGAUCAUAAAAAUUGGAAGAAUAAGAGGUAAAUUUGAGAAUCACCACAUUUGCGGAAGCUUUUUGACUUGGAGGCAGACGGUCAAGCUCAUCUUCACGUAUCUCAAUGGUGAUGCUUGUUUCAAAUCUAUUACUCACUAUUGUAGGGUAAAUUUAGAUUUUAUAUUAAUGCAACAAUUCCCUUUCCAAAAGUUUAUAGUUAAUAAAACUUGUAAUUUUUAA